AUGCUCAGGACAUCCGCUAGGCUGUUGAUAAACUCAACAAUGAGGUCGACUAGACCAUCAUUAGUCUCAUCCCCACAAGGAGCAGCACUUCUACCAAGAUUACAUCAUCAUCCAUCUUAUUUCCAAUCAAUAAAGUUUUAUUCAACUAAAGAUGAUAAAUCAGCCACCGACAAGAAAAAGAAGGAUGAGCCACAAUCAAUUUUAAAUGACGAUAUGCUAGCUAGAGCUGGGUUCGAGGAUCUUGAAUCUAAAAAGGAAACCGAAGGUAAACCACAAAGCAAGAGUACUAGUAGUAGUAAUAAAGUCACUGAAGAACAAGAACAAGAAUUUGAAGACGAAGAAGGAGCUAGUGACGAUUCCAAGAAAUCAUCAUCGAGACGUAAAAGAAGAAGAGCACAAACUUCGAAAGAUUUGAAACGUGAGAGAUAUGCCAAUAUGUUUUACUUGUCUACCUUGGUUGGAGGUGUCCUUGGAUUAGGAUACAUGAGUAGAGACUGGGAUUCGGAAAAGGAACAAGAAGAAAUGGAUGGUAAAGGAAUUGACAAUGGAUACACUCCAAGCUUGAUGUACGAAAGAAUGAGUAAAAGAUUGGCAUCGUUAUUUACGUUUUUUUCAGAACCAGCAUUUGAAAACUUGUUGCCACCACCAGCUCCAGAACAAUAUCGUCGUCCAUUGACCUUGGUGUUAACCUUGGAUGAUUUGUUAAUCCAUUCUGACUGGGAUACUAAGCAUGGAUGGAGAACUGCCAAAAGACCAGGACUUGAUUACUUUUUAGGUUAUUUGUCCCAGUAUUAUGAAAUUGUCUUGUUUUGCACCAAUUCGCAAAUGUUUUCCGAAAAGGCAGUGGGUAAAUUAGACCCUUACCAUGCUUAUAUCUCAUAUGCAUUAUUUAGAGAAGGAUGUCGUUACAAGGAUGGAAAAUUAAUCAAGGAUCUUUCAUUAUUGAAUAGAGAUUUGGGCAAAACAGUCAUGGUUGAAGUUGACCCUGAUUGUGCUUCUUUGCAACCAGAAAAUGCUAUAGUUGUCAAUAAAUGGAAUGGUAAGCCUGAUGAUUAUUUGAUUCGAUUAAUUCCAUUUUUAGAAUAUUUGGCUACGCAACCAGUUAAAGACGUGCGUCCAAUUCUUAAUUCUUUCAAUGAUAAGAAAAAUAUAGUUGAUGAGUUUACUCAACGUGAAGCCAAAUUAAGACAACAAUGGAGUAAGGAUCACCCAACGGAUAAGCCAAAUGCCGCCAACUUCUUGGCCAAGAUGUUGGGAAUGCCAGUUCAAGAACCCAAGAUGCCAUUGGAUAUAAUUAGAGAACAUGGUCAAUUACAAUAUCAACAUUUCCAAAAGUAUUUACAAGAAAAUGCUGCCAAGUUUUUAGAAGAAGAGCAGAAAUUGAAGGAUGAAUUUGGUAAAAUGACAUUGAACAAGUUGAUUACUGAAGGUGGACCAAAUCCUGAAGAAAUUGCCAAAGUACAACAGCAAAGAGCAGCUGAAGAAGCUGAGAAACAAAAGCAAGCAGCAGCAACAGCUGCUGCAAAUGCCGCUGGUGGAAAGUAA